CGACGACAGCGAGGCGCGCAGCCAAUCGGCGGGCCUGUUACGUGAAGCGUCUCCCUUCACCGCGCCCCCGGUGGCCCAUCAUAAUUAUCCCACUACACUGCCGCGUCGCCCCGAACGCGAUAAGAAGAGUCUUUAAAAUAAAUAAUAACACAUAUAAAUACAAAAAAAAAACAUAUAUGUAUACAUGUAAUUGCUAGUAUUUAUUUACGUAUGUAUACAAGUAGGCUGUAGCCGAUGGUGGAUACACGUGUACAUACGGGUCUAAUUAAAAAUAACAACAAAACGCCACGCCUGGCGGUCCGUUCGAUAAGUUAGUGCGUGUUAUCCGCAUCCGACCGUGUUGCUUUAUUUCUGUGCGUGCGUCGUUUUGAUACAAGUCGCGUGAUACGGGACCACUUCUGCACCCAGGUUCUUAGUUGUUACUCCUUGCAGUGAUCGAUAGUGUCGUCGUCGUCUAUCAUCGUCGGUGUAAGCGCCAAGCGGUAUCAACUCUUGGUCGGCAAUCGUUCAUUGUUCAGUGUUAACUAUUAUUGUCAUAGCCGUUGGCGGUAAUCUGUGAUCUGUUUGCGCGCAAAGUCGUUCAGUAAUUAUUGGCCGCGCCGGUGGUAACUGGUAACUGUACGCGAUGUGGUGCCGCCACCGGAACUGGUGACGAACCUUAUUGGUAUACUGCCUAAAAAGGACAUAAUAUUUUUCUUAUGACGACUUUGCCGUUAUAACUUCCAAAAGCUCAGUCGCGUCGUCCGUCCUGCACCGGGAUUUUCUUCAUACACCAACGCCGACCCGACGGGACCAGUUUUUUCUGCAAAUUCAAGACAGACGACACAAUACCCUGUAAGUGAACCCUGGAAAACCAGCUAUUGCAAAACGAUGUGGCCAAUUCAAUGGUGCUCUUGAAUGCCAGCAACACAUCACUGGCAGCAUUUCGUCAAGACAUGGACAGUAGUAGCGGAGCAAAACAAGCUGAUAGUUGGCACAAGCAUGAACAAUUUAUGAUGGUUGAAAAACAGAAAAGCAAAAAUCAUGGGCAAGGGUCACAAGAUAGUAAUUUUGGAUUUGGCGGUGGCCCCUUAUACGGCAGAAUUGUGGCUGAAGAUCAGUUGCCAAUGGUUGGCGGUGUUGGACCAAUUCAAGCUGAUAUCCAUGCAAUGCAAGCCAGGAUACCGCCUCAUUUCCGAGAUCCUUCUACGGCUCCAUUAAGAAAACUUUCAGUUGACUUAAUCAAGACUUACAAGUUUAUUAAUGAGGUUUAUUAUGCCAAAAAAAAGAAACGAGCUGGAGGUGGUGCUGUUGGAUUGAGUAGUCAAUCACAAAACAACGGUGCUCCAGUCGAAGGCCCUGCGGCUAAUAAAAAAGAAAGACGAGUAUACAAUGAUGGUCAUGAUGACGAUAAUCAUGACUAUAUAAUAAGAAGUGGAGAAAAGUUCUUAGAUCGUUAUGAAAUUAUGUCACUUUUAGGAAAAGGAUCAUUUGGACAAGUUGUCAAGGCUCGUGAUGAAGAAGAAGAUUGUUAUGUAGCAAUUAAAAUAAUAAAGAACAAAAAACCAUUCCUAAAUCAAGCUCAAAUUGAAGUUAGACUAUUAGAAAUGAUGAAUAGAGCUGAUGUUGACAACAAAUAUUAUAUUGUUAAACUCAAACGACAUUUUAUGUGGCGUAAUCAUUUAUGUCUAGUGUUUGAGUUGUUAUCAUAUAAUUUAUAUGACCUUAUCAGGAAUACUAACUUCAAAGGUGUUUCAUUAAAUUUAACUCGCAAAUUUGCUGCUCAACUUUGCACGGCUCUGUUGUUCCUGUCCACACCGGACCUGUCCAUCAUACACUGUGAUCUGAAACCAGAAAAUAUAUUAUUGUGCAAUCCAAAACGAUCGGCUAUUAAAAUUGUAGAUUUUGGUUCGUCUUGCCAACUUGGCCAACGAAUUUACCAAUAUAUUCAAUCACGUUUUUACCGGUCACCAGAAGUGCUACUCGGUAUUCCCUAUGACUUAGCAAUUGAUAUGUGGAGUUUAGGUUGUAUAUUAGUAGAAAUGCAUACCGGAGAACCUUUGUUUAGUGGCACCAAUGAGGUUGAUCAAAUGAAUAAAAUAAUUGAAGUUUUGGGUAUGCCGCCUAAACACAUUCUUGACCAAGCACAAAAAGCACAUAAAUAUUUUGACAAAAUACCUGGCAGUGACACUUAUACAUUAAAAAAACCUAAAGAUGCAAAAAAGUAUAGGAAUCCUGGAGGCCGUAGAUUACACGAUAUUCUGGGUGUAGAAACCGGAGGUCCUUACGCUAGACGACUGGGCGAACCCGGACAUUCAGUAUCCGAUUAUCUUAAAUUUAAAGAUCUUAUAGUACGAAUGCUAGAUUAUGAUCCAAAAACUCGUAUCACACCAUAUUAUGCUUUACAACAUAAUUUCUUUAAACGGACAUCUGAAGAAGGUACGAAUACAGCAAGUUGUAUCGCUCAAGCGGGACUUCAUAGUUUAGGGGCUAGUCCGCCAUUCAAUAGUUUACCAAAUAAUAAUGGCCAAUCGGAAUCAAAUUUACAGUCGGCCGCCAUAAGAUUACGAUCCGACCAUAGUCGAGGUCGAUCAACAAUGGAAUGUGAUCCUCCACCAAUUGUCUCUAUGUAUCACGGUUACCAAGCGAUACCAACAGCCAGGCAUCUACCGCCUCACCAUGGGACUGUUUACCCACCAAUGAAUCCGGCGUCUGCUGUCAGUUCUCUGAUACAUUGUCGGCCUACCUCCUUGCCGUUCCUACAUCCUCAGCAUCACCCAUAUCAGCCGAUACAGACGCAACCUCCUCGCUCACUGCAUUCAUUACACAGUCAUCCGCCACCAGUGCAACAACCCGUUGCUCGGGUUCCUCCGUUGUCUCAUGCAAAUCGAACGAAGCAAGAACAAGAUGACAUGAUAGGGGUAUGUAUAGGUCAGAGCCCGGUAGCAAUAAACAUAACUUGAACAAAUAGAAAUAUAAUUUAGGUGGGGUAAUCAUUUUUUUUGUGUAUGUGGAAAUCAAUUUAAACUGUGAUUUUUCUAUUGUGGAAGAAAAUGAAUAAUUUUUAACUACAGGUGAUAGUGUUUGUUAGUUUCCAUUUUGUAUUGUUUUCUGUAUUAACAAAUUUUAAUUUAACUGACGAAGCAACUAAAUAAAUGGUUUUAAUGAAAUGGUAUAAACAUGUGUUUAAUUAAAUGAUGAUGAAAAUAUAUCAGACGUAUAAUAAGGAAGGAGACUACUAUAUAAUAGUAUUGUUUGUGAAAUUACUACACUUUGCCAUUUUUAUCUUUGUGUAUUUGCAUAUCUAUCAAAGUUAUCUCGUAUAGUGUUUAUUAGAAAAAGCAUAUUUUUAGAUCAAAUUAUCGACAAUAUUUUAAAUGUUCACACAUUGAUUGAUUUUGUAACUAAAAUAAAUUUUCUGUACUUUUAUAUUUUUACCUCUAUAUUUUUAUAUAAAAGAAAAUACGAGUCAUUUGAAAUAACUAAAUAUUUUCUAACUAGUA